GACUCCCAAUGACGGAAGAGCAUUGCAACUCAUUUUAAGAGCACUGUAUAAAGGAGACCAAGAACAACACACUUCAUCUUGAACAAAGACAGCAGUUUUAGCAUGGAGUGGAAAGGAAGGUUGCUGGUCCAGUUGUUAAUGCUAGUGUGUGUGUUGGAAGUUAGUCUUUGCCAGCACUGGUCAUACGGUUGGCUUCCUGGUGGAAAGAGAAGUGUUGGUGAAGUGGAGGCAACAUUCAGGAUGAUGGAUGCUGGUGACACAAUGCUGUCUAUUCCUGCGGACACGCCAAUGGAGCAGCUUUCACCAAUACACAUAGUGAAUGAGGUAGACGCUGAAGGUUUGCCUCUGAAAGAACAGAGAUUUCCCAACAGACGAGGAAGAGUGUAAAAGCAUAAAAGAUGAAGAUGAACCCUUGGAGCCAAUGAGAAUAAAAUUUGGUUUUAUUGAGUUCUGAUGAAAUAUACUCCUCAUAUGGUUUUAAUAAAUAUACUGCACUGGAAGUGCAUAUUUGUUCAAAA